ACACUAAGGGCAAAUUUUAUUCCAGAAAGCAGCCAGCAAAUAACACCGAAUCCUCCAAACAAGGAGAAUCCUACACGAAUCACACGGCCUAAAUUCUCCGCCCAUUUUGUUUACAUCUACCACUCUCUCACUGUCCCACGGGGUACUUGCUUUUUUCUUUUUCUCUCUUUUCCCGCGAAGGAAAUUGCAUAGGAUUGAGAAUAUGAGGCUUCUGAAGGUUGCGACGUGCAACUUGAAUCAAUGGGCGAUGGAUUUCGAUUGCAAUAUAACGAAUAUCAAGGAGUCGAUUUGUAGGGCUAAAGAAGCCGGCGCCGUAAUUCGGCUCGGCCCGGAACUUGAAAUCACUGGCUAUGGCUGUGAAGACCAUUUCAUGGAACUCGACACCGUCAACCAUGCGUGGGACUGCUUAAAAGAAUUAUUGCUUGGUGAUUGGACGGACGACAUAUUGUGCAGUUUUGGCAUGCCGGUUAUCAAGGGGUCAGAGCGUUACAAUUGUCAAGUCCUGUGCCUGAAUAGAAAAAUAGUAAUGAUACGCCCAAAGAUGUGGCUUGCAAAUGAUGGAAACUACAGGGAGCUUAGAUGGUUUACAGCAUGGAAGCAGAAAGAGCAUCUUGAAGACUUUCUACUUCCAAAUGAUAUAUCUGAGGCUCUGUCACAAACAACCGUACCUUUUGGCUACGGAUAUAUUCAGUUUCUAGACACAGCUGUUGCAGCUGAAGUGUGCGAGGAACUUUUUAGUCCUAUUCCCCCCCAUGCUGAGCUUGCAUUGAAUGGCGUUGAAGUCUAUCUGAAUGCCAGUGGAAGUCAUCAUCAGUUACGAAAACUUGACCUUCGCCUCCGUUCUUUUAUAGGUGCUACACAUACCCGGGGAGGAGUUUACAUGUAUAGCAACCACCAAGGAUGCGACGGGGGACGCCUUUAUUAUGAUGGAUGCUCUUGUAUUGUUGUGAAUGGAGAUGUGGUUGCCCAAGGCUCACAGUUUUCCUUGAAGGAUGUUGAAUUGGUGGUUGCUCAAGUAGAUCUAGAUGCGGUUGCCAGUCUUAGAGGAUCUAUUAGUAGCUUUCAGGAACAAGCGAGUUGCAAACCAAAAGUUUCCUCUGUUGCAGUACAUUACAAGCUCUGCCAGCCUUUUAAGCUUCAAAUGUCACUGUCAAGUCCGCUUAAGAUUCAAUACCAUUCUCCUGAAGAGGAAAUUGCUUUUGGGCCAGGCUGCUGGUUGUGGGAUUAUUUGAGAAGAAGUGGUGCAUCUGGUUUUUUACUUCCACUUUCAGGUGGAGCAGAUAGCUCUUCUGUUGCUGCCAUAGUUGGUUGCAUGUGCCAGCUAGUAGUAAAAGAGAUAUCAAAUGGAGAUGAACAAGUCAAAGCUGAUGCUAUAAGAAUCGGCCAUUACACUGAUGGACAAUUUCCAACAGACAGCAAAGAAUUUGCGAGACGCAUAUUUUACACUGUUUUCAUGGGAUCUGAAAACAGUUCUAAUGCGACAAGAACGAGGGCAAAGGUGCUUGCAGAAGAAAUUGGGUCAUGGCAUCUUGAUGUCUCAAUAGAUGGAGUGGUUUCUGCUCUGCUCUCUUUGUUUGAGACUCUUACAGGAAAACGACCACGCUACAAGGUAGAUGGGGGGUCAAACAUUGAAAACUUAGGGUUGCAAAAUAUUCAGGCUCGAAUCAGAAUGGUCUUAGCAUUUAUGCUAGCAUCACUCUUGCCUUGGGUUCACCGCAAACCAGGUUUUUAUCUGGUCUUAGGCAGCUCCAAUGUGGAUGAAGGGUUACGUGGUUACUUAACUAAGUAUGAUUGCAGUUCUGCUGAUAUAAAUCCAAUUGGAAGUAUCAGCAAGCAGGACUUGCGAAGAUUUUUGAGAUGGGCUGCUGUCCAUCUGGGUUACUCAUCUUUGGCUGAGGUUGAAGCUGCUCCCCCUACUGCUGAACUGGAGCCAAUACGAUCAGAUUACAGCCAGCUGGAUGAAGUGGAUAUGGGAAUGACAUAUGAAGAACUCUCAGUAUAUGGAAGGCUACGUAAGAUUUUCCGCUGUGGACCUGUAUCCAUGUUCAAGAAUCUUUGUUAUAAAUGGGGAACAAAGUUAACUCCAUCAGAGAUUGCUGACAAAGUGAAACAUUUCUUCAAGUACUAUUCGAUCAAUAGACACAAGAUGACUGUUCUGACACCUUCCUAUCACGCAGAGAGUUACUCCCCCGAGGACAAUAGGUUCGAUUUACGCCAAUUCCUAUACAAUGCAAGUUGGCCAUAUCAGUUCCGCAAGAUUGAUGAACUUGUGCAGCAGUUAGAUGGUGAUAGAGUGGCUAUUACAAAAUCUACUGAUCAGGUAAACGCUGGGGUCACGGUAGAUGGUGGCAUGGGAGUCGUAGCUGCAGGUUCAGGCAAUCCAAGUGCUGGAGUUUAAACUCAUAAGCUUUACACUAAAGCUGAUGAUGACUGAUUGGGGCUCUCAUUCUGUGGGGUUAUUCAGGGAUUUGAUGUUUCAGAAUGUAUCUUACAUGUCUAUUUAUAUUGGUCAAGUGUAGCUUAAGACAAUCUGAUACUGAUAUUGUGACAUUGUUUUAUUCAUAAACUAGAUGCCUAUCUUUCAAUUUU